CUAAUGAAAUGUAUCUGUUGAGGGGUGGGCGCCCGGUGUUGGGUUACAGCGCGGAAGCCCCUCCUUGCUCUCCGGGACAGAGAGAGGGGAUUGUUCGUUGGCGGCGGUACCACGGCAGCAGCAGGCCACAGCGCCCAACACGCAUGUUCAGUGGAGAGUCAAUGGAAGGAGCCCUCAGAUGACGGACGCAAACGUCUGGGCAUGACAGCCGCUGUCACCGAGAGUGACAGCUUUCGCUCUCUGACUCCGCACCUCGACUAGACCCGAGUGAAGCCCGCCAAAGAAGUGACACGGAGCCAGUCAGAACUAUGCCAGAGAUGGAAAAAGGGAGACCACCGGAAAAUAAACGCAGUAGGAAACCUGCGCACCCCGUCAAGAGAGAGAUCAACCAAGAGAUGAAGACGUUUGCAGAGAGCACCAUGAAUGAGCUCCUAGGCUGGUACGGCUAUGACAAGGUGGAGCUCAGAGACAACGAGGCAACCGAGAUACGGAACUACCCCAACCGAGAGAGACGCCAGCAGCAUGUCUCCGUCCUGAAAGAAAACUCAGUGCCGAAGUCCAAGAGCUUGAACAGCAAAGUCAGCCCCUCUGCACUGCCCAUGAGGAGUGGAGAGAGAGAAUCAUCCAGCGUCCCCUCUUCCACUUCCUCUUCCUUCCCCAGCUCCUCCUCUUUGACCAGCCCUAAGGAGCAUAAGAGCACUCCCAUAAUUGUCCCCCUUAUAAAGCCAUCUGCAGUGGAAGACGUGCAGAAUGUGCAGAUAGUGUGUGUGUGGUGUCAGAAGGAGGGGGUGAAGCGCUACUCUCUCUGUAUGGGCACUGAGCUGAAGAGCUUCUGUAGUGAGAAAUGCUUCGCAGCCUGCCGACGUGCCUACUUCAAACGCAACAAGGCCCGGGAUGAGGAUCUCAAUGGAGGUGAGCAAUCCCCCCAACACAUCCGUGCCGAUGAAUCACCCCGACUGGUGAUGAAGAUGAACAGCGGUGGGGCCAGAUCACUCUCGCCUGUACCGCAGGUGUGCGACUGGUGCAAACACGUCCGCCACACCAAAGAGUACCUGGACUUCGGCGCAGGCGCCGAACGGCUCCAGUUCUGCAGUAGCAAGUGCUUGAACCAGUACAAGAUGGACGUGUUCUACAGAGAGGCCAGGGCAGCUCUCACCAGCUCCAGCCCAGGCCCAGGAAGACCCACCCAGGAUGGGAGAACUGAGUCCAGCGGAGGGGGUCAGAACCAGAAACUCCUGACCCCCGAAUCGUGGAACAAUGGCGCGGGGGUCGUUCGGGGGAGGACCAGGUCACCCAAAGGGCCCAUGCCGAUCCACAGCACAGCGGCGGCAAGGACUGUGUCACCAUCUGAGGCGUCGUCCUCGUCCUCCAAGGUCCCCGUCUCUGGGCUGAGACACCUGGAGAGGCAUGUCCUGCCACCGUUGCCACCCCCAGAGGUGGCAAACCACCACCCCGUCGCCCCUCCUCCUCCUCGCUCCCCCAUGGAGCACCACCAGCACCACCACCAGGCAAUUCCUCAGAUCCCACUGCCCUUCAUCCGGCCCCCCCUCCACGCCCAGGGACUGACGAGCCCCCUUGCCAAUCCCCACAGGUGCCACCCUGGCCCCCCUUCCAGCCCCAUCAACCGGUCCACCCCUCACUCCCCCCACCACCCCCACCUCCAGCCCCCAUCGGCCUCCUCCAUGAACCCACCUAGAAUGCACUCAUACCCGGGGGCAUACUUCCCCGGCCUGCACUCCCCUCCAAUGAUGGGGCCCCGUGGCCCUGUGCCCAUGCCCCCUAUGAUGAACUUUGGGAGAUGGCCGUCCCUAGGCCCCUUCUUCCCUCAGCCCAUGGUCCUGGUUCCCUACCCCAUUAUUGUACCCAUCCCCGUCCCCAUCCCCAUCCCUAUCCCCGUACCCAUAUCCCCUAAGGCUUCCCCCUCAGACCCCCUAGGGAUCUCCCCCAUUGGGGUUAUCCAGCCCGUGCCAGAUGGGAUGGAGAAGAGGUGCUCCAGUGGUGUCAAACUGCCCUCUCCCGGGAGCUCUGUGCCAAACAGAUUAAAUAGAACCACCAACCAGGGUCUCCCGUCGCCCUCCGAACACCCCAAAAGGGAUAUCACAGAUUGGGUUAAAUCAGAGAGGCAGGCUCCGUCGCCCAUGACGACCCCCCACAGUGCAGAGUCCUCCCCCAGGGCUUGCUACGAUGCUUCCCCGUCUUCCACCUCAGUGAUUGAGGCACUGUUAGACUUUAAGCUGGGCCAGCAGCAGCAGCCAGAGAGACAGCUCAUUCAUAGAGUGCUCCAGAGGACCCCAGUCAAGCUGGAGCUCAACCCCCAUGGAAUGGUGGACCUGUCAAGUAAACGGGAGUCCAGAGCGGGGCAAAGCACCAGGGUAGUGGAUACCAGAGUGGACCACCACAACCACCACCAUGACAUUAUCAAACCCACCCCUCCACUAUCCCAGUCCCCCCCUCCCCUGCACGACACUUCCUUCCCCCAGAGCCCAAACACACAACUUCCCUCGCACACUCCACCAAUGACCAGAGGGGGAUGCCGCAGCCCUCCCUCUGAUGCCGCCACCUCCUCCCCCCCGAUGUCCCCAGACAUCCCUAACCGAACGACUACGUCAUCAUCCACCGACCCUGCUCCCAGCCCAGACUCCUCCCAGUCCCAGAGAGAGGCCCCGCUCCUUGGCCCUGACUCUGUCCUCAGCGAGCUGGAGGCGGUCAAAGAGAACAGCUGCUCCAAUGGCCAGGUCCAGGGGAGGGACCAGGGCCAGUUCCCUCCCCUCCCCACUAGCCAAUCAGAGGAGCCCUCGCCCAGUGCCGACCCUGAGGACCCCCACAUCCUCGAUGAGGACCAUGCCUAUGCCCUGCCCACCCCCACCCCUACACCCACCAGGACGGGCAGUUCCCCAGCCACCACCCACACCACACUCCUUCUGCCCAAGCUCAGGGACAAGGGCGCCCUCUGGAGCCCACCGAGUGUGGCAAGGCCUGGGGACAUGGAGCCUGCUCAGAAGAGACGGUGCCUCCGCAUCCGAGAUCAGAACAAGUAGAAGAGGGAGCGGUACCAGAUCCAGUGCCCCGCCCUCUUAUGGACAUCACCAGAACCAACGCCCUCUCUCCAAUCCAUUCCUCAGCCAAUCAGUCAGCCACCAGGGAGAUUGGCCCCGCCCUUCUUCUGACCACGAGGUGCCAAUCAAGGAAGCAGUCCAAUGGGGGAAGCAGCCCAAGAUGUGGAUUUCCAGUAUAUUCGCAGCAUCUUUGGACUUCAGAGAUACCUCCUUCUUUGAUCUCUGCCAUACUCCAUGAGCCUAUCAGAGCCCACUCCUCAACCCUAUUCAGUGGCUCUACACUAGAUGGUAGGCUACUAGGCUCCAAUCAUCAGCCUUGUGUGGUCUUCUCAGAUGGAGCCUGAACCUGAUCUCUUUCCUGGGGAAACGGUUUGUUUUCUCUGCCUAGCUCCACACAAAGAGCCACAUUGUUCCUCUCCCCCAUAUCCCACGCUAACUCCCCUACUCAGGUUUUGGGUUACCUGGCCGACGGGGGCUCAGGCUUCAGGAGGAGUGUCUUUUUUUUUGGUCUGAUUGAGGGCCAGGAAUAUGUGUGUACCCCCUCUCCUUCUUUCCUCUCCUCUCCUCUCCACCCUGUACCCCCUGCCCAAUUGCAGUAUACAGUACACACACUAGUCCUGAAGUGCAACUUCUUACACCAAUUGCUUGAUAACUUCCUCUUUCCCUCUUAUAUCCUCUCACGAGGGAUGAGGGUACACAAUUUCAGUUCAAGAAUUUAUCCUCUGGUAUUUUUCUGAACUAUUUUAAGGAGGGUUGGAAUUUACAUUUUUACAUUUUAGUCAUUUAGCAGACGCUCUUAUCCAGAGCGACUUACAAAUUGGUGCAUUCACCUAUAAUAUCCAGUGGAACAACCACUUUACAAUAGUGCAUCUAAAUCUUUUAAGGGGGGGGGUUAGAAGGAUUACUUUAUCCUAUCCCAGGUAUUCCUUAAAGAGGUGGGGUUUCAGGUGUCUCCGGAAGGUGGUGAUUGACUCCGCUGUCCUGGCGUCGUGAGGGAGCUUGUUCCACCAUUGGGGUGCCAGAGCAGCGAACAGUUUUGACUGGGCUGAGCGGGAACUGUGCUUCCUCAGAGGUAGGGAGGCGAGCAGGCCAGAGGUGGAUGAACGGAGUGCCCUUGUUUGGGUGUAGGGCCUGAUCAGAGCCUGAAGGUAUGGAGGUGCCGUUCCCCUCACAGCUCCGUAGGCAAGCACCAUGGUCUUGUAGCGGAUGCGAGCUUCGACUGGAAGCCAGUGGAGAGAGCGGAGGAGCGGGGUAUCUCCUGGAGCAAUGAAAAAGGGGAAAUUUUGAACUGUAAACAAUGUCACAUGAUAACAAAAGAGAGAGGGCGCAAGUCCCAUAUAUCAAUCUACUGAUAUAGCUGAGUUGGCAAGGGAAGUUUUGACUUGCCUGAGACUUGAAGACUUGUCCCCAAAAUGAAUGCCAAGGCUUUGGCUCAAAGGGCUAGCACAGUCUUGUGAUGUGCAGGAGACCUGGGUUUCAAACCAUCACACAUGCAGUGAUUUAUAACACCGACUCAGUCAUGGGACUUGGGCUGCAUUGUCACAGGCAUACCAUUUAUGAAGUUUUUACCACCAAUUGGUCUUUUGACCAAUCAGAUCUUUUGCCAAUAAUUGGGCAGCUUGUGUAAACACUGCCAUAGAAGUAGAUAUUUUGAGUUUCCAAACCCACUCCCUCUGUUGAUGCUCCUUACCUUACUCAGAUAAUGUGCAGUGGGCUCCUUUUGGUGGGUUUGGAACAACAAUGUAGGUAGUCAUGUUACCAGCCAUGGUAUUAUUUUGAACCGUCAAAGGCUGCAAAAUGCAGCUAUCAGUAUUACAGUUUGAUGAGAUACUAACUAUACGCAUGGUCCCAGAUCUAUUUGUUCUGUCUUGCCAACUCUUCUAGUCAUUGUCAUGCCAGACAGUACAAACAGAUCUGGGAUCAGCAUAACAAACUAUCCAGUGGGAGCAUCAUCAUCUAACACUCAUCAUCACAUUGUGAGAAUUCACUUUUUGUUUUUGCUAUACAUAGACUUUGCCUUUAUAUUAACUUAUGAAUGAUGCCUCUAUAGAUCUUCAAAAAGUGCUUUAUUGAUUUUUAUUUUGAUGAUGAUUAUUAUACUGUAUUUUGCCACUUCUAACCAGUUUCCAAAUGUUUUGUUAGAAUUUGUCCAGUAGAGUGCAGUGUCGCUUUUGGAACAUACAGAUACCUGCCAAAAUAAUGGAAACACUUGAGUAAAUGAGGGAUACAAAGUAAAUUGAGUGCAGUAUGUGGUUCCUGAGUUAAUUAUGCGAUUACCAUCCCAUCAUGCUUAGGGUCAUGUAUAAAAAUUAUGGGCAAGCCAUUAUUUUGGCUGCCAUGACUAUGCCCCCAUAGGAUGACAAUGCCCCCAUCCACAGGUCACGAAUUGUCAUUGAAUGGUUUAAUGAGCAUGAAAACGAUGUAAGCCAUAUGCCAUGGCCGUCUCAGUCACCAGAUCUCAAGCCAAUUAAACACUUAUGGGAUAUUCUGCAGCGACGCCUGAGACAGCCUUUUCCAUCACAAUCAACAAAACACAAAAUUAUAUAAAAAAAAUUUGUGGAAGAAUGGUGUCACAUCCCUACAAUAGAGUUCCAGACACUUGUAGAAUAUAUGCCAAGGCACAUUGAAACUGUUCUGGUUUGUGGUAUCCCAACGCCCUAUUAAGACACUUUAUGUUGUGGUUUCUUUUAUUUUGGAAGUUACCUUACCUGUAGCAGCUGCCUCUUUUUGUAUAUACAUAAUUAGCCGUCUCCAAUACCUUUGGUAAAUAGAUAGGAUAUUUUCAUUAACAUAAACAUGUAUUAAUUCACCUUCAUUCAGUAAACAACCAUACAUUUAGUGCCAAUACAAGUCUGUCUUUUUCAUGCCAAUUUCAGCAAUGGCUCGAUCUAUUCAUCGAUCCUGCCACAGAUCACCUGUUGCCAUCCCAUAGCCAAAAUAGAACAUUGCCACAACCCCCCACCCCCCCCACACACACACACACAUACACACACACACACACACACACUCCCUCUCUCUCUCACACACACACACACACACACACACACACACACACACACACACACACACACACACACACACACACACACACACACACACACACACACCUCUGCCAUCUCAGAACUGCAUUCCAAAGAGCACAUGCCCAAUCAGCGUAUGUGUAGCCACGGUGACAACAAGCUCAUUCCAGUCAACAGGCUUACCUUAGGUCAUGCCUAUAGAAUCAUUGUCAUCUUAGUCUGCCCAGGGGACUGUGUCACAAACUAGUAUGACUCAGCAGUGGUGUCACUCUAUACUAAUGCCUGUCAUAUCCUGCAGUACUCCCCUAGCCAUUCCUUAGUGGCCAAAAUGUCAACAAAAAACUGCCAUAGUAUAUUGCACAUCUACCUAUACCUACCAUUUCUGGCCAGUAUCAGUUUGGGAAGAUAAAAAUGUAAAGUUGUCUGAAACCUAUAUAUUGUGGACUCUGAGGACACAAUUCAGAUUGUUUUUAAUGUAAAUGAAUAUGAUAAACUGGGAGCUGUUUGGUGAAGACCCGUUUGUAAAGUGAAUAAAGGCUAUUCUGACAGUAACAACA